UCACGGUGCGUUACGACACCGAAGUCUCCGUCGCCUGCGAUCAAACAGCUGCGCGAGACGUCCUUCGAAUCUGCCCGUGUCAGGAUGCCUCGACUCGUGCGGCGGCGGUCGCUCUGGGAGCGCAUCACGUCGAUGCUGAAUCCCAUGGACUUCUUGCUGUGGCUCUCGGAGGAGCUGGAGACGAGGGACUGGGACUCGAAGCUGGCGGGCACGCAGCUUGGCUUGGGCAUGAACCUCGUCUUCCUGGUCGCGCGCGCCAACUCCGGGGCGUCGUCGGAGUGGUCGGACAGCGACAUCUUCAGCGACGAGGCCACGCCCGGCCUGCUUUCAUACUUGACUUUCCCGAUCGUUUGGGGCCUCGUACUCUUCUCUUUCGUCAACGCGGCUUACGCCAUGACGCGAACGCGCAAAUACCGACUCUUCGAAGCAAACAUUGAACAAGCGCCGGCAACGCCCUCUGCACGACGAGUCCAGCUCCAAUCAUCCCCGGUGACGACAUCCUCGCCGCUGCGAUACCUCGCCGACAGGCUCACGUCGGAUUCUGCCGAGUCGCGAGCACAUCCGGAUAAGAAGCGAGAUGUGUGGGAACUCGCCGUAUGGGACCCUCUGCCCAUCUCUCUGCGGCUCGUUUGCUUGUUCAGCCCGGGGCACGUUCUGGCCUACCUCCUCUUCCUGCCGCUGGAGCCGCUUGAUCCCCAGCCCAGUGUGACUGUGUUCAACACCCUCCUCCUGCAGGUGGUGCUCUCUGGACAGAUGCUGUUCCUCUCCUCGCGGUUCGCGCAGCAGGCAAAAGACAACGCCAUCAUUCAGAAGGAAGUCAUGAACGAGUACAACACCAAGUUUGUUCAUCCGCGCAUUCACCCCGUCGUCCGAGAUGUGGGAACCCAAUUUGCAGCCGAGCACACCGCCAAGGGUCGUGGCUUCGUCGAGAUUGGCACACCGACAACCUUGAUCAGGAAGUCAUAUGCUACGCGGGCCACUUCUCAAGCCAGCGCCUUUACCACCCCGUUUAACAGCCGUGUCAGUGCCAUGAGGCCGCAGACUUUCAGCUCAACGGUUCCCAGGCACACGGAAGCCACUCCCACCACUUUGGACCAGCCUCGCUCUACUUCUACUUUCCGACAGAACAUGACGGUCGAUGAUGUUUCAACUCCAACCCCAGCCCCAACUACAAUGACGGCUCCCGUGCCCCUCUCGGCUACAUCCGCAAACAGCACCAACUUUGGGGGUAAUAUGGGCAUAUACAGUCACAACAAGUCACCUCUCAAGAAGUCUAUUAGCCUCGGCACGUUUGACGGAGCAGCCUCGCCCCGAAACUCGCGAGAGAUGGCGGCGCUAGAGCAGCAGAGGCAUUUAGCACAGCCCGGUAGUCCGACCAAGCAUGCCGAUUCGCAUCGACCCUCGAGCAUCAACGGCAGAGGCGUAUCAAACCCCUAUCCCAGCACGACGCCGAAUAGGUCAGCACAGCAAGACAGGUCUAUUAGGUGGUAG